AUGAUAGACUUGGGCAGUCUUUUCCUGGCUGUAAAACAAUUCAUAAUAAACUCACUAAUCAAUGCUAUAGAAUACUUUUUAGGACCUUACUCUUUGCGCAGUUUGGUAAGUAUGAUUUGUUUUCAUUGCACUGAUAUUUAAGCAUUAUUUAUGUUAAUUUAAACACGAUAUUUAUUAGUAGAUCAUGCUUAUUUAAGAUAUUUUUACUUUAUGAUUUUAGGCACUGGAUAAUCAUCUGAAUGAAAGUGAACGAUUGGAGCGAGUGGAAUGGGCAUUAAGGCGCAAUUCGAGUGCUCGGCUUAGAAAUUAUGAUUGGGAAAGUGGAAACGAAACAGAAGAAGCGGAAGGUCUACUAGAAGAUGAAGUGUCUGACAAUGAAUACAGAAAUCAUCUGGCCAAGAAACUGUCGAACCCUUUGAGGAUACUCAAGGGGUACAAGAAGUUGUGUCAGGAGGUACGUUAAUUAAGGUUUUGUUAAUAUUUACGCUGGUUAUAUUUAUUGCAUCAUUAUUUUGAUCAAAUACAUAAUGCUAAUUUUUUUUAUGAAGGUUGUCACUUCAGGUAGAAGAAAGACGCUCUGAACUCUAUGAUUCUGAAAAUGAAAAACACGAGAAAAAGUUGUUCAAGUUGUGGAAGUUGCUGAAACCAGAAGAAGAAUUAGAAGCCAGAAAAACUAAAAAAUGGCAAGACAUUGGAUUUCAGGUAUUAUAAGAUAUAACUUUUUUUGGCCAGUGAAAGUUUCUGAAUCGGUUUUCAGAAUCCUAUUUUGUUUUAAAAGCUACUGUUAUAAGUUUACAACUUUAAAUUGCACUGUUAGUCUAAAAUUUGUAAUUGUCAUUCUACUAUAACAUACUUUGAUUUUACCAAUAAUAACUUUUCUAGGGAGACGAUCCAGCAACUGACUUUAGGGGUAUGGGAGUCCUCGGACUAGAUCAGCUAAUAUUCUUUGCUCAAUUCGACGUCGAGAAGUGCCAGAAAGUGCUAGAGAUAUCAAAGGAUCCUAUAUUAGGGUAAGCUACCACAUCACGAUUUUUAUUUUCAAAAAAUAUUGUAAAAGGAGUUGCAGCUUUUUUUUACAAAAAACUAAUUGUUUUUUUAAUAAUGAAAGACAUAUAUCUCUUGAGGGAGAGCACUUUCGGUUAAAAACUUAUUUUAUACUUUUGAACAUACUGUAAAUUACAGUUUUCCAUUUGCGAUUGCUGGGAUCACUUUCACUGCGCUUUGUCGACAAUUUCUGAAAGACGAACUUCUGAAGAAUCAUUUUGUGAAUUCUUGUCAUCGACCGCCCACAAUCGACAACUUCCACCAGGUUUACUGUAGAUUGUUUUCCUUAUUUGGCGAUUACUGGAUAUACAAACAUCCUGAGAGUGUAAUGCAGUUCAAUCAGGUCAAGGAACAGUUCAUUCUUCUUCUGACACAAUAUCUACGGUCUUCUGAAUCCAACUUAAUGGAAGUGCAUCAGGUCGAGGGCAUUAUUGCUUGA